AUGGCGCCUGCGCCGCCGGCGGUGGAGAAGCUCAUGGACAACCCCGACGCGACGCGGGCCUGCCUCAAGUGGCUCGACGGUGCGAGCGUCGAGGCUUGGCGCUGCGCGGGCAAGCGCGUCGUCGAGGUGGCCUCGGCCGACGCCGUCUGGCGCGAGCUCGCGCGGCGCGACUUCUACGGCGGCGGAGACGUGCCCGCGGCCGCCGAGGCCCCCGGGGGCGCCCCCGGCGCGGCGCCGACCGACGAAGUUCUAGCGUGCGCGACGUGGCGCGCGGCGCACGGGCGCUGGUCGCGCGUCGCGGCGCGCGUCGACGGCCCCCGCGCGCCCUCGCCGACCGAGGCCGCCCUCGACGAGUCCGGCGAGGAGCCCUUCGCCGCCGCGUCCGCCUUCGACGCGCGGCUCUGGUCGUCCGUCGCCGCGAGCUGGCGGGCGCUGAAGGGCGCGCUCGCGGGCCGCGGGACGGCGGAGGACGCCGCCGUCGGCGACGCCGUCGUCGCGACGCUCCGGCCCGGCGCGUCGAGCGAGGACCUGGCCAGGGUCCGCGCGCGGAGCCUCCGCUACUGCUACGCGAUGCGCGACGGCCGCGCGGAACCCGAAGUCUUCGACCCGACUUCAAUGCACGACGGCCAGGACCUGGCCUUCGACGCCGCGCUCGCCGCGCGGGACCGCGGCGCCAUGAAGACGAGCCAGCACACCAUCUUCCACGGCCUCUUCGGCGGCCUGGCGGCCUACGACUACGUCGCGUGCGGCCGCUUCAAGUCCGUCGCCGCCGUCGCGGCGGCCGACGACUUGGCCGUCGACGGCGCCGCGGUCUUCGCGACGAACUACCGCGGCGACCGCGCCUUCUUCGCGACGGACGACGACCGGCGCGUCUACGUCGACGGCGAGCCCGCGGCGCCGGAGGGCGCCGGCGCCUUCGCGGCGUGGUUCGCGGCGUACGCGGCGCGCGUCGCGUCGUCGUGCUACCGCGUCGCGCCGAUCGUCCCCGACGCGCCCCGCACGGCGGGGAUCGUGCUCUUCCCCGACGGCGAGCUCCCGGGGGGCGCGGGCGUCGCCGCGGCGACGACGGUCGGCGUCCAGGUCCGCGCGUCCGCCGUCUACCUGCCGAACCACCCGUCGGGCUUCGCCUACUCCAUCCGCCUCCGGGCGACGGAGGCCCUGUCCUACGGCUCGUGCCAGCUCAAGGCGCGCCACUGGAAGAUCGCCGACGGCGACGAGCCCCACCGCGACGUCCGCGGCGACGGCGUCGUCGGCAAGUUCCCCGUGCUCCGAUUCGGCGGCUGGCGCGACGACGCGCAGGUCGGCGACCUCGCGCGGGGCUUCGAGCGCGCCGUCGAGCGCGGGCCGGACCGCGACGGCGAGUUCGUCUACCAGUCCUUCUCGGGGCCCAUGCUCCGGCCCGGCGGCGGCACCUUCGAGGGCGCGCUCGAGUUCCACCCGGGCUCCGUCGUCGAGCCCGCGGGGCCCACGUUCCUCGUCGCCGUGCCCCGCUUCCGCCUCCGGGUCCCCGAGUUCAUCUUCUAA